AUGUCCGAUUAUUUCGGAAAUAAACACAAUUCUUCGCAAAGUAAUAUUGCAGGGCAAACAAAGAAAAGCAGUAAACGAAAGAAACGUCGUAGUUUCCAUGGUAAAUUUGAUAAGGACGUCAUUGGCGUUUCUUUCUUGCAGAUAUGUCGCGCAAAUGACCUGCCACCAGAGAGAAACCUGUCUCGUACCAGCUUUGAUAUGGAUCCUUUUGUUGUUGUGUCAUAUGGCACCACCACUUUUAGAACAACAGUUAUCAGGCAUAACUUGAAUCCUGUUUGGAAUGAAAAGCUCUUCUUUCACAUUAGACACACAGAAACAACAUUCCAUCUCAAAUUUACUAUUUACGAUAGGGAAAAGUUUUCUGGAAAUGGUCGCGUAGCUUGGUGCGAACUGCCUAUACAGGAUAUCAUUAACAAAUCUAGCAGAGAUAUAAGCCUUGCGGAAGCAGUUAGUGAUGAUGACAAUACUAUUGAAAAGGAUAUGGAUUUAUUGACGUUUCCUUUGCAACUGGAUCAACCCAUGAAAUGGAAAGAUAAACAUCCAACUUUAACUAUUCGUGCAAAAUUUAUGCCAUACCAGCAAAUUAGAAAGCUAUUUUGGGCAUCAUUGGCAAAGACGUACGAUAUUGAACAGUCAGGCACCUUAAACCUAUUACAGGUACAAACAAUGCUGGACACAAUAGGUUCAACUAUUAGUGAAGCUACUUUAAAAACCUUUUGGCGAAAACAUGGGAAAGAUCCAAAUGAAGACGAAGAACUGACAUUGAAUCAGCUUGUAGAAUGCUUGGAAGAGUAUAUUAAAGGAGAAGAUAAUGAAAACGAAGAUAACAGUACUCUAUAUUCAGAAAUAGGCGGUAUACGUAUAAAUGCAUCAGAAGAAAAUAAAACAAUAGACACUGGGGCUACUGUAAAUGAUGACGACGAUAUAAAAUGCUGGAAUAACACUGUAAUUGAAGGCUGUGAAAAUAAAGACGAAAAUGAUGAAGAUGACGAUGAUGAUGAAACUACAGAAAUCUCGGAUUCACUAUUAUUUACAGAUGAUGAAGAAGAUGAUAUGCCUCCCGGACUUGAUCCUGAAUUAUUCAAUUACUCUCUAAAUUUACAAACCGAAAAGGUUAUUCGCCUAAAAGAAUGUCCCAUUUGUCAUAAACCAAAUCUCUCCAGAAAGUCGCAAAUGGAUAUCCUUACGCACGUUGCGACUUGUGCUGCUAAUGAUUGGACUACAGUGGAUCGUUUCUUGAUGCAGAACUUUCUAACAGAAGCAUAUGCGCAACGUCGUUGGCUUGGAAAGCUCGUACGUAAAGUAAGCUACGGAAGAUAUUCCUUAGGCAGAGAUAAUGCAAACAUAUUGGUGCAAGAUCGAACAACUGGACAUUUGAUUGAAGAGAAAAUAGCUGCCCAUGUCAGGUUGGGCAUGCGACUUGUAUAUAAAAGAAUGAAGCAUGGUAUUCAAUCCAAAGCAGCUCAACGUUUAUUAACGAAUAUGACAUUGAAGCAGGGACGUCGCUUCGACUCCCCUAGAUCCGCCAAAGAAAUCCCUGCUUUCAUCAAAUUCCAUAACAUUUCAUUGGAUGAUGUUGCACGGCCUUUGUCAAGCUUUAAAACCUUCAAUCAAUUUUUUUACAGAAAGUUAAAACCAGGUUCAAGACCCAUUGAUUCGCCAGACGAUGCGGCCAUCGCUGUCAGCCCUGCCGAUUGUAGAAUGACAGUCUUUGAUAGCAUUACAGAGGCUACAACGCUGUGGAUCAAAGGUAUCGAUUUCAGUAUAAAGAAGCUACUUAGCGACACCAAACUUGCAACAGAAUUUGAAGGCGGUUCUUUGGGCGUAUUUCGUUUAGCCCCACAAGAUUAUCAUCGAUUUCAUUCACCUGUAGACGGAACCAUAACUCAAGUAAAACAUAUAGAAGGACAAUACUAUACGGUCAACCCAAUGGCUAUUCGUACAAGUAUCGAUGUUUUUGGAGAAAACAGUCGAACAGUUAUUUCAAUGGAAUCUAAGGAAUUUGGAAAAGUAAUCAUCGUCUGUGUAGGCGCCAUGCUUGUUGGAUCUAUUAUAUUAACGGCGAAAGUAGGUUGCUUCUUGAAACGGACUGAUGAGCUUGGUUAUUUCGCGUUCGGUGGGUCUACUCUUAUUGUUAUUUUUGAAAAAGGCAAGAUUACUUUCGAUAGUGAUUUAUUAUUCAACUCUAACAGAACCGUAGAAACCCUGGUAAGCAGUACCUGA